AUGGGGACCAUCACUGCUCCCCCCCGCACAGUCUGCAAGUUCAAGGCACACAAGCGCUGCGCUGUCAGAGCCACCAACAACUGCAAGUGGACAACCCUGGCUUCCAUCGGCACUGAAAUUAUCGAGGAUGAGGAUGGGGUGGCCAUGCCCCACCAGUGGCUGGGGGGGAACCGCUGCGCCGCCUUGGACAGGACCUGCGGCAGUGUCCGGAGGCUUCAGGACUGGCGGUGUCUCUGGUGCAAGGCCAUUGUUCACAGCGCCUGCAAGGAGCUCUUUGGCAAGAGGUGCCCUCUGGGUCAGUACAAAGUGUCCAUCAUCCCACCGACCGCCUUGAACAGCAUUGAUUCAGAUGGUUUCUGGAAGGCCACAUGCCCCUCGAGCUGCUCCAGCCCGCUCCUGGCCUUCGUCAACUCUAAGAGUGGGGACAACCAGGGCGUCAAGUUCCUACGCAAGUUCAAGCAGUUCCUCAACCCAGCCCAAGUCUUUGACCUCAUGAAUGGGGGCCCACACCUGGGGCUGCGCCUCUUCCAGAAGUUCUCCACCUUCCGGAUCCUGGUGUGUGGGGGGGAUGGCAGCGUGGGCUGGGUACUCUCCGAGAUCGAUGCCCUGGGCCUUCACAAGCAAUGCCAGCUGGGCGUCCUGCCCCUGGGCACCGGCAAUGACCUGGCACGGGUGCUGGGCUGGGGCAGCCUGUGUGAUGAUGACACCCAGCUGCUGCAGAUCCUCGAGAAGCUGGAGAGAGCCACCACCAAGAUGCUGGACCGGUGGAGUGUGCUGACCUAUGAGGUGCCCAAGCAGUCCCCCCCGGCGCUGAAGGAGGAAAAUGGGGACUCCAACAUCCAGGCCCAGAUCUCCCACUACGCUGACUCUGUUGCCUUCCACCUGGCCAAGAUCCUGGAGUCGGACAAGCACUCGGUGGUGAUCUCCUCAGCAAAGUUUCUCUGCGGCACCGUCAAUGACUUUGUGGCCGAGGUUGGGCGCGCUUACAAGAGGGCAACAGAGAACAAGCAGGAGGCCGAGCUGAUGGCGCGGAAGUGUGCCAUGCUGAAUGAGAAGCUGGACUCACUGGUGCGGGAGCUCAGUGAGGAAGCUCAGGCCAUCGUGGUCCCUGAGGGAAUUGCGCAGGCCACCCCUGCUGACACCAAGGACCAGGAGAAGGGUGGCAGCUUCAACCCCAGCCCUGUGCCUCGCAUCUUCAAAUCCAAGGAGCAGCUCAUGCUGCGGGCGAACAGCCUGAAGAAAGCCCUGCGGCAGAUCAUCGAGCAGGCGGAGAAAGCUGUGGAUGAGCAGAACAAACAGACCCAAGCCUACCAGGGCAGCGUGGGCCCCAGCAAGGACAGUUCAGAGGAGCUCAACAAGGAGGAGGAGAGGCCGAGCUCCCGUCAGGAGAUGGUGACCUCUGCAUCUUCCUCUGUCAUCCUGGACCGGCCAGACACCUUCGGCAGCUUGCAGUUCCCUGAAGACCCCAGUGCCCUCCACUUCUCAGAGAAAUGUGUAAUGAAUAACUACUUUGGCAUUGGCCUGGAUGCCAAGAUCUCCCUGGAGUUCAACAACAAACGGGAUGAGCACCCCAAGAAGUGCAGUAGCCGCACCAAGAACAUGAUGUGGUACGGGGUGCUGGGCACGAAGGAGCUCCUGCAGCGCACCUAUAAGAACCUGGAGCAGCGGGUGCAGCUGGAGUGCGACGGGGUGCCCAUCUCGCUGCCCAGCCUGCAGGGCAUCGCUGUGCUCAACAUCCCUAGCUAUGCAGGGGGCAUCAACUUCUGGGGAGGCACCAAGGAGGACAAUAACUUUGGGGCUCCAUCCUUUGAUGACAAGAAGCUGGAGGUGGUGGCUGUCUUUGGCAGCAUCCAGAUGGCCGUGUCGCGGGUCAUCAACCUCCAGCACCAUCGCAUUGCGCAGUGCCGUGUGGUGAAGAUCACCAUUCGGGGGGAUGAGGGCGUCCCUGUGCAGGUGGAUGGAGAAGCCUGGGUCCAGCCGCCCGGCAUCAUCAAGAUCCAGCACAAGAACCGAGCGCAGAUGCUGACACGGGACCGGGCAUUUGAAAGCACUCUCAAGUCCUGGGAGGACAAGCAGAAGGGGGAGAGCUACCGGGCAGCUGCACGGCCGCGCUGUGGAGGUGGUGCUGAGCAUCAAGGAGCUGAGGGCACCGGCAGCACCAACAAGGGCAGCUUCAAGCUUCGCCUCAACAUCCCCAAGCCCAGGAAAGACAAGGCACAAAAGCAGAAGACCAACAGCGUGCUCCCAGCAGACAAGUGGGGCUCCGAGGAGGUGGCAGCUUGGCUGGAAGCGCUCGGGUUAGGGGAGUACAGAGAAAUUUUUGUCCGGCAUGACAUCCAGGGCUCUGAGUUGAUCCUGCUGGAGAGGAGAGACCUGAAGGACCUGGGCAUCACCAAAGUGGGCCACAUGAAGAGAAUCCUCCAGGCCAUUAAGGAGCUCAGCAACCUGCUCUAG